AUGAAGUACACCACUGCUGUCCUUUCCCUGGCCGCCCUCGCCAUUGCUGCUCCCAGCGAGAUCAAACGAACCGAUGAGGCCUGCAACAACAAGCCCGUCAUAGCUUGCUGCCCGGCAGGACUCCUUGGUGGCAUUCUCUGCAACGUCUUGGCCAUCGGAAACACCUGCAGUGGCCAGUCUUAUUGCUGCGACAAUGGUUCAAGCGUCGGCGGCCUUGUCAAUGUGAACGCCCUGAACUGCGUCAAGGUUCUUUAA